GCUCGGACUGCUUACCCCCAAAGAUGCGAUCAAGCUCCUGCAAAAAAUCCUAAAGGAAGUUAAUUGCGGUAGUAAUCCAACCUAUUUGUGCGGCUCCAAGAUAGUGAAGUUGAUCGAUAUGCUCCUGUCACUACGCGGUGACAAUCCGAUCGGUGACGACUUGUAUCUUCGGGCUAUGUAUGAUACCCGCGUAUUCCAAUUGCUUCUGCAAUGUCGUGCGGACGUCAAUUCAUACACUCGGAACGCUCCGCCACUUCUUCACCGUGUGCUUGAACUCCGGCGGAGGAUCCGCAUAGAUCAUAGCAAUGAUAAUAUCAUCGUCCGCAUACUUCUAGAUGCGGGCGCUGACAUGGACCGGCUUUGGAUCAGAUGCCACUCCGAUGGAACGCCUCAUAGGGCAUCUCUACCACUCGCACUCGCUGCAGCUGGGGUGGAUCUAGACCUCGUCACAAUGUUGAUAGAGGCUGGAGCUGAUGUCAACGGGCACGAGCCGAUGUCUCGACGAAGCUAUACCCGCCCCCUCAUCCAUCUUGUGGAGAACCCAAACCUUUCUUUCGGCCGCCAAUUCCAGGUCAUCUGCAAGCUCCUAGAGCUCGGAGCCGACCCAAACGUCCGCGCCAUCCACUACCACGGCCGUAGGCCUGCACUCCUAGACAUCGUAUUGAUGAUCGGCCUCCUGAUAGACCAUGGCGCUGACUUGGAGCAGCUUGACCAUCAUGGCCGUAAUUUCGCACAGCGACAUCCUCCUAAUGGCUUCCUUUGGGGCAUCGAUAAUGUUUUGGAAGAGCGACGGUCGCCGCGGAUACUCAUGAAAGUGGCGCUGGACAGGAAGCUUCCCGGCUUAUUGCCCGUUAAAUACAUCCUACCGAAGACCGAAGCUGCUCUCCACAAGCUACAGACGACACCGGAAACGCGCGAGAAUAAAGCUGCUGUGACGGAGGCUGGGAAAGAGUUGAAGGACUGCUGGGGCCUAUGCCGAUCCAUCUAUGACACUUUCACGCUGGAUCAGCUGCCGGUCGAGCUUCGUUGUUUCUGGGGCGAGAACCACGACCAUAUCGAGCGACUUUUGGCGUCGUUGACUGAUUAGCCGCUUCGGUAUCACUUACGGACGCGGAAGUAGCGCAGGUCUCUUUUCGUACUGCGACCAAUUCUUUCCUCA